AUGCAGGUGGAGGAAGACCCGAGCAGCCAAUUUGUCGACUUUACAAACGCAACAGACCUGGAGCAGUUCAUCUCGGAUAUAGAACAGGCUCUGAUAGGUUGGCAUCUGGACAAUAAGGGCCAUGCAUCGCUCGAGACGCUGAAUGCCAUUCCUGCAAAACGGCUACCACCUCAAAAGCAACGCCAAGCUGCAGCUUUAGACGCCGCUGUGUGGGUGAAGAAGCUGCAACUUCAAUUUCCAGGAACCAAGAUGCGUAACGGCUAUACAUUGGCAUUGUUUGUAGCCAGACACCACGACACACGGCAGAAUGAGGAACCUAAUGCUCCCGUUAGAAACGCUACUUGGAACUUCAAGAAAUGGCAAAAAGGGCUUGAGCAUUUUACACCUACAAUGCUUUCAGUAGGUGAUGCAAGUAAAGACUUUCAGUGGGAAAUGAGAGAGAUUGAGAAGGAAAAGGAGACAGGAACGAGUGUCUCGCCCUACGCGUCGGCGUUCGAGGACGACGUGAAGCCGCAAUUCAAUCGGCAACAGUUGUUUAAGAACGUUCAAAAAUGGUUUGGGCUGGAUGAGUUUUUGUUACUAAACAAGUCGUCUUCAUAUGGGACGGAAAAGCAGCAGCAGGAGGAUGCGAGAGAAACUAGUGUUAAGAAUGAUGGAGACGAUGAUGGAAGGGUAUUAAGGAACUCAAUGGAAAGAAAGCCAUUCCAGAGUGAAAGAGAGGAGGACGUUUGCAACGAACAAGAUGAAAGCGUCAUGGCCGAUAUUUCAGUUAAUCAGAACGAAACAGGGAUGCUGCUGUCGGCGCUGAACAUGGCGCUGAACAACUGUAAUUGCACAAUUCCCGCGUUUGUACCAAUGUUUGAGCCGUCUCGUGGCACGUGGAUUGGAGUAGCAGUUCCUGGAGCCACAGGCAACAUAUCGAUGUCGUUUGAAACAGAAUCUAUUUCUGAACUGAACUUCAAUCAAAGCUGCAUCAGCGGUCUGCUUGACUUUUUCAAAAUCAAGUUGCAGUUGUCGCCGCACGUGGAAGAAAAGUGUCGUAUUGAGACAGAUAAGUCGGAGGACCUUGCAAUUAGUAUGACGGUAUCAGCAUCGUUUGCCUUUUCAUGGAAUCGAGCGAGUGAUCCACGUGAGGUGGUGAUACCGGAGAAUCCGUUGGCAUGGAGAUCAGUGGAAUCCCAGCAGUUGACUGAGACUGAUAGCCAAAUUCACCGAAUCAGAAAUAAGCUCUUUGGCAAAAACCACCCUAUUCCAUUGCUGGGUAGCUCCACUUCUCCUUUGGAUGGAAUUGAUCUUACAGUUAGCUGGCCACAGCUGCGUGAAGGUAUGUACGUAGACAACGCGGUGCACUCAACACUGGAUCCUUGUUUAGCACCUUUGUGGAUGUUGACCGUGCGUUUCCAAGACCUGACGUCUGAAAACCAGAGAAAACCGCGAUUGCCGCUCUGCAAGCGAAUCGCAAACCUUGUGCAAGUUUAUUCCAACUCCAGAGAGUUGCACAAGGACAUUAUGGUAUCCGAGUUGUCGCCUCCAAUGCCAGUUAUAUUUUCACCAUCUAAGGCACUAAAUACACCAAGUGCCGGUCGAUGCGGUGAGGCUGCUCAAACACAGCUUUCGUCAACUAUUCCGGAGUCCAUCCCUGCCGCCCGCGCAGCUGUUGUGCUUAGCAAUGCCAUUUCAAGCUUUGUAUCUGCUGCCUCGUGGAAAGGCUCCGACGUAGAGGAAAUUCGGCGGAUUGUGUUAGAGUUGUUCAAUGAUGGCGAAAACGAACAAGAUAAAGAUGGUGGUGAAAAUGAAGAAUACAGUCGCAGGCUUAAUGACAAUGUAGAAGAUGUAGCGAAGGAACAGCAAGACCUCCUUACUCGCUUAGGCGUGAGUGUGGAGUCCGAGAAAUUACGGCAACAAAUCCAGAGCACGACAUUGAUUUCGGAUAUGCAGGCUUUCAAAGCUGCCAAUCCACGUUGCUGCCUUGCAGACUUUAUCCGUUGGUAUUCGCCAAAAGACUGGAUUCCCUUUAAGACUUCAAUUGACCCAUCGGCGUCUGGGUUGCCAGUCGAAGGACGGGGAGUGUGGUGGUUUGAACGACAUGGUAUGCUAUCGGAGCGUAUGCGUUUUGGACCAGGUCACGAGCAUAUAUGGCAACGAAUGUGGGAAACAAGUGACCCGGUGCCAGCAAGUCGCCAGAAACGGUCGUUUGACCCAGUGCAAGAGUCAGAGAAAGUUUUUCACUACAUGGAGACACUAUCACCUCACGAACUUUUUCACCAAAUGCUUGCAGGCGCGAUUUCGAGUAGUUUGUUUGCUCUAGAGACCGCAUUGCCCGUGCAGGUGUCGUCUCAGACCUUACCAGUGGUUUAUCGCGCGCUAAAAAGUCUUCGUUCUUGUGGAACUCGCGCUAUUGCAUUGCUGGAUGAAGCUUUAGCAGAGUCACAAGUGGCCUUUCCUGCUGCUGGCAGGAGCAAGCAACAGCUCAAUAAUGAUCACGAACAGUCGAUAGCAGCAGCCCGUCAAGGUCAGCAGCUCCAAGUUGCAUUUGAAAUGGCGUUGGAUGCGUGUUGGAAACUUGUGCGCUCACUUGAAGCAGUAGAAGCGUUGGUGACGAAGGCAAUGGCUUUACUGCACUAUUUUCUGGCCUCAAACGAGGAACAGAGGACAUUUUCCCUUGUGAAUCUCCUCCUGCUGCCGUCACUUUCACGCCGGCAACAAGCAGAAAUGUCCGAUUUGUUAAAGAAUGAUGACUUGCGACAGCUAGUGGCUGCGAUUGUGUUGUCUAACCCACCACUUGCUGAGAGUGGACCCAUGACUGUACCUGUUCAGCGUGAGUAUGUGUUGCGGUGCAUUUGCCCUCGUCCAUUUCUUCGAAAUUACCACUUCGACGAUUUAUCGGUCGGCGAGGAUAAUAUAGAAGCAUCGGACGUGCAGUUGGAGGAAAAGUUGGAAGAAAGCCCAUUAGUGGUCUGCCGUAUGUAUGCAGGUUUCAAGAAGAGCACAGUACGCUUUGCUUUGGUUAUGGCUGAAUCCGAGUUUUAG